UUUGUCACCUAAUGAAUGGAAUCUUCUCAUGCUAAUUGACGCCUUGUGAUUGGUACGUACUCUGCAUGUAAUCAUGGCUGAGAACAAACAAUCUUUGUCUUGGCGAUUCGUACCGUUGGCCUGUCUCUUGGUGACCGCAGCAGCUCUUGCUGUUACUUUUUGGUGGAUGUGGCUUAUGCAGAACAAUAUCAAUGAUAUUCGGCGUUUGAUUACAGAACAAGAUGAAGCUCACUUUAUUGCAAAGGCGCAAGAACGAGACAUGGAGGAAUUGAAACGUUCAGCACGAGCCUCUGAUGAAGGAGGUUUGCUGGAUGGAUACCUCAGCAAGAUAGCAACUCUGCAGCUGAAAUCAAUCUAUGCUGGCUGUUCUGAUAAUCAGAAAGUGUGCAUACAAGGUCCCAAAGGCGACUCUGGUUUUCCAGGAAGUCGAGGAUAUCCAGGUUUACCAGGUUUGAAGGGAGAGAGAGGAGAAAGAGGCCCACGUGGUUUAAAAGGUUUGAAAGGAGAACCAGGAACGCUUGGGUCAAGAAUAGCUGCUCCUGUGAUUGUCAAUCCUCCAAGAAACAUGGUGAUAAAUCAGGGUCGGACAGUUGAGUUAGAUUGUCUUGCAGAUGGCUUUCCUAAACCAGAAGUGAAGUGGCACAAAGUGCACUCGAAGCUUCCUCCUGGUCGAUUCUCAGUGAAUGAGAAUGGAAGUCUGGUGAUUGAAAAUGUGCACCAGUUUGAUGCAGGAUCUUAUGCAUGUCGUGCAGAGACUAUGUUUGGAUCAGCUGUAGCUUAUGCAAGUGUGAUUGUUCGAGUGCCACCAGAGUUGAGGUAUGUUCCUCCAAGAAAAGUGGUGGUUGUACCAGAUGAGAAAAUUAUUCUUCGAUGUUCUGCUACUGGGUAUCCUAAACCCAAAGUCACCUGGACGCGCCCAAUUCACGGUCUUCCAGAAGGGAGCUCGGUGACAGUUAAUGGUACUCUCAUUAUUUUCAGCAUUAGAGAAGAGGAUCUAGGCCAGUACGUUUGUGAAGCAAAGAACAGUCUUGCAAAGAAGACAUAUUCUGUCACUCUUUCGUAUCGAGGCAAGAUUAGACCAUCUGAGUAUGGCGUUGAGGUGCGGAAUGCCACUAAUCUACAAUUACAGUGCAAGUGGUGCGCUGUUGCCGGAUCUAAGUUUGCAUUCACGUGGAAGAAAGUGGGAGGAGAGCUGCCGGAGAACAGAACAUCAACAAAAGGAUGUUCAUUGUUUAUUUCUGAUGUAACAAUGGAAGAUUCUGGUUUAUAUUCAUGUAUUGGUCGAGCUGUUGACAGUGUAUCGGAGACAUCACUCACCGAAGAUAUUACUGUCAUUGUCAUUGGAGCUCCAAGAAUUACCUCAAAAAUUGAAAUUCUUACUUUUGUUUAUCCUGGUGAUAAUGUAUCAUUGAACUGCUCUGCCAUUGGUCCUCCUCAGCCUGAAGUGUAUUGGACAAAAGGAUCUCAAAAACUGAUAUCGAAUACUACAAGAUCUGCUAUUCUGACCAUCAAGGCAGUGAAAAAACAAGAUGAAGGUGAUUACGUCUGUCGAGCAAGUAACUAUCUUGGAGAAGAUCACUUUACAACUACUUUAUUUCUUGUUGAAAAAGCUCGUUUUACUUCUCGUCCAUCUGGAACUAAGAACGUUGCUGCUUCUACAAAUGUUAGCGUUGACUGCGUUGCUGUGGGACAGCCGCAACCAAAGAUUGUUUGGAAGAUGCCGUGUGGAAGACACAGUGAAAGUACAACUGUUCUGUCUAAUGGGACUCUUCAAAUCACAAGUGCUACCAUCUGGGAUACGGGAAUGUACGAAUGCAUAGCUACUACUGCAUUUGGAAAUACAUCCAGCAAAAUUCACAUUGUUAUACCUGAAGUUGAUCAGAGUUGGAAACUGUCGGACAGUUGCAGCGGUUGGAAGCAGUCAAGGUACAACCGAUCUGUUUACUACACCGCGUCGUCUUCGACUACGUGGGAUCAAAGCAAGUACUACUAUUGCCCAACAGGAUAUCACUGGGCGUGCACACCGGAAGGCAAGAAGAUCUUUAAAGACACAAACAACUGGUCCGGACAGUACACGUACUAUGGUCAAUGUGGCUGGAACGGAGACAGAUAUCCGUACCGCUAUUACAGCUACGGUCCGUAUCGUUACUACUUCAGAUUUCGUGAUUCACAAUCGACCAACGCAAUGAAAAGAUCAAGCAAUUACGAAGAGUAUCAGGUGGAAUACACCUCCGACACCAGUCACUUUGCGGGCAAUGUUUGCAUCAGGAAUGAAUAGUACAUAGAACAGCAGUGACAUGUCCGGCUCGGCUCGUUGACUUCUUCACUGGCACUUCGCAUCGUUUUUGUUUGCUGAUAUUUGCUGUGUCUUGUCUUCUGUAGUGAUUAGAGUGCACUAGUCUUGGCGUAGAUGCACGGACGGGUCUCAGAGUGCAACAAUGCUGCUCAUGUCUUUAGAUUUCCCUUUGAAUUUAAUGUUGAAGAAAGUG